AUGCAUCAAAUUUCAAACAUUUUAUCAAUAAUAAAACAUGGUGGAGGAAGUGUUAUGGUAUGGAGUGUAAUUUCGUACUAUGAUGUUUUAGAUUUAGUUUUUAUUGAAGACAAUUUGACAGGUGGAGAGUAUAAUACAAUUUUAGCAAGUGAUUUGUUUAAAUUUGUAAGAAAACAUCAGAUGGUUGAUUUUAUUUUCAUGUAA